UUUACAGAGACCCAACUACACAGGCAGUAUGCUGUGGUCCCUGAUUCUCUUUCUCCUUCUGGGAAGAACAGCGGCCACUAGUGAAAGUGAAAUCAGGUUGGUGAAUGGUGACAAUUCCUGCUCUGGACGAGUGGAGAUUCUUCAUGAUGGCAGAUGGGGAACAGUUUGUGAUGAUUUCUGGGAUCUAUCAGAUGCUGCAGUGGUGUGUAGAGAACUGGGCUGUGGUAAUGCUAUAGAGGCAAACAGUUUUGCCUUUUUUGGAGAAGGUUUGGGGCAAAUAUGGAUGGACGAUGUGCAUUGUCUUGGAAGCGAGUCUACACUGGGAAACUGUUCAGCAAAUGGAUGGGGAGUACAUGACUGUGCACAUUAUGAGGAUGCUGGAGUCAUCUGCCAAUCUGUCAUUUUGGUAAAUGGCUCUCACUCUUGUUCUGGACGAGUGGAGGUUCUUUAUAACCGAACAUGGGGAACAGUGUGUGAUGAUGGCUGGGAUCUGUCAGAUGCUGCAGUGGUGUGUAGACAACUGGGCUGUGGAAAUGCUAUAGAGGCCAAGAGUGAGGCUUAUUUUGGACAAGGUUCAGGACAAAUAUGGAUGGAUAAUGUGAUCUGUGAUGGAACCGAGUCUACUCUAAAGAGAUGUAGAUCAAAUGGUUGGGGAGUACAUGACUGUGGACAUCAUAAAGAUGCUGGAGUCAUCUGCCAAUCCGUCAGGUUGGUGAAUGGUGAGAACUCUUGUUCUGGGCGAGUGGAGGUUCUUCAUAACGGAAGAUGGGGAACAGUUUGUUAUAAUGGAUGGGAUCUGUCAGAUGCUGCAGUGGUGUGUAGAGAAUUGGGCUGUGGUGAUGUUAUAGAGGCAACAAAUUUAGGUUACUCUACAUACGUGUCAGGACGAAUAUGGAUGGAUAAUGUUGAUUGCAUUGGAUCUGAGUCUACUCUAAAGAGCUGUAGGUCAGAUGGAUGGGGAGUACACAACUAUUGGCAUUAUUAUUUUUAUGGGGAUGCAGGAGUCAUCUGCCAACCUCUUGUAAGACUGUUGAAUGGGAAUAACUCUUGCUCUGGACGAGUGGAGGUUCUUCAUAACGGAAGAUGGGGAACAGUUUGUGAUGAUUUCUGGGAUCUAUCAGAUGCUGCAGUGGUGUGUAGAGAACUGGGCUGUGGAGAUGUUAUAGAGGCAAAGAGUUUUGCCUUUUUUGGACAAGGUUCAGGACAAAUAUGGAUGAACAAUGUUUACUGCAAAGGAACUGAGACUUCUUUGAAAAGCUGCAGAUCAUACAGAUGGGGUGUGCAUGACUGUGGACACCACAAAGAUGCUGGAGUCAUCUGCCAAUCUGUCAAGUUGGUGAAUGGCGAUAACGCUUGCUCUGGACGAGUGGAGGUUCUUCAUAAUGGAACAUGGGGAACAGUUUGUGAUGAUUUCUGGGAUCUGUCAGAUGCUGCAGUGGUGUGUAGAGAAGUAGGCUGUGGUAAUGCUAUAGAGGCCAAGAGUUAUGCUUAUUUCGGACAAGGUUCAGGACAAAUAUGGAUGGAUAAUGUGAUCUGUAAUGGAAGCGAGUCUACUCUAAGAAGCUGUAGAUCAAAUGGAUGGGGAGUACAUGACUGCGUUCACUAUGAAGAUGCUGGAGUCAUUUGCCAAUUAUAUGUAGGAUUGGUGAAUGGUGACAACUCUUGCUCUGGACGAGUUGAGGUACUUCAUAACGGAAGAUGGGGAACAGUGUGUGAUAAUGACUGGGAUCUAUCAGAUGCUGCAGUGGUGUGUAGAGAACUGGACUGUGGAGAUGCUAAAGAGGUUAAAGGUGGUGCUUAUUUUGGACAAGGUUCAGGACAAAUAUGGAUGGACAAUGUAAACUGCACUGGAACGGAGUCUACUUUAAAAAGCUGUAGAUCAAAUGGAUGGGGAGUACAUGACUGUGAACAUCAGAAAGAUACUGGAGUUAUCUGCCGACCUGUCAGGUUGGUGAAUGGCAAAAACUCUUGCUCUGGACGAGUGGAGGUCUUUCAUCAUGGAAGAUGGGGAACAGUUUGUGAUGAUUUGUGGGAUCUGUCAGAUGCUGCAGUGGUGUGUAGAGAACUGGGCUGUGGAGAUGUUAUAGAGGCCAAGAGUUAUGCUUAUUUUGGAGAAGGUUCGGGACAAAUAUGGAUGGAUAACGUGAUCUGUAAUGGAAGCGAGUCUACUCUAAGAAGCUGUAGAUCAAAUGGAUGGGGAGUACAUGACUGCAUGCAUUAUGAAGAUGCUGGAGUCAUUUGUCGAUCUGUCAAGUUAGUGAAUGGCACAGACUCUUGCUCUGGACGAGUGGAGGUUCUUCACAAUAAUAGAUGGGGAACAGUGUGUGAUGAUGGAUGGGAUCUAUCAGAUGCUGCAGUGGUGUGUAGAGAACUGGGCUGUGAAGAUGGUGUAGAGGUCAAAGGUUUUGAUUAUUUUGGACAAGGUUCAGGACAAAUAUGGAUGGAUAAUGUUAACUGCAAUGGAACUGAGUCUACUUUAAGAAGCUGUAGAUCAAAUGGAUGGGGAGUACAUGACUGUGGACAUCAUAAAGAUGCUGGAGUUAUCUGCCAACACUAUCUAAGAUUGGUAAAUGGCAGUAACUCUUGUUCUGGAAGAGUGGAGGUUCUUCACAAUGGAAGAUGGGGAACAGUGUGUGAUGAUUUAUGGGAUCUGUCAGAUGCUGCAGUGGUGUGUAGACAACUGGACUGUGGAGAUGCUAAAGAGGUAAAAGGUGGUGCUUAUUUUGGGAAAGGUUCAGGACAAAUAUGGAUGGACAAAGUAAACUGCACUGGGAGUGAAUCUACACUGAAAAACUGUUCACAUGGAUGGGCAGUAGACAACUGUGGACAUGAGAAAGAUGCGGGAGCCAUCUGCCAACCUGUCAAGUUGGUGAAUGGUGACAACUCUUGCUCUGGACGAGUGGAGGUUCUUCAUGAUGGAAGAUGGGGAACAGUGUGUGAUGAUUUCUGGGAUCUGUCAGAUGCUGCAGUGGUGUGUAGAGAACUGGACUGUGGAGAUGCUAAAGAGGUAAAAGGUGGUGCCCAUUUUGGACAAGGUUCAGGACAAAUAUGGAUGGACAAUGUAAACUGCACUGGAACGGAGUCUACUCUAAAGAGCUGUAGGUCAAAUGGAUGGGGUGUACACAACUGUAGACAUUAUAAAGAUGCUGGAGUCAUCUGCCAAUCUGUCAGGUUGGUGAAUGGCAGUAACUCCUGCUCUGGACGAGUGGAGGUUCUUCAUAAGCAAACAUGGGGGACGGUUUGUGAUGAUGGCUGGGAUCUGUCAGAUGCUGCAGUGGUGUGUAGAGAACUAGGCUGUGGAGAUGUUAUAGAGGCUAAGAGGGAUGCUUAUUUUGGACAAGGUUCAGGACAAAUAUGGAUGGAUAAUGUGAUCUGUGAUGGAACUCAGUCUACUCUAAAGAGAUGUAGAUCAAAUGGAUGGGGAGUACAUGACUGUGGACAUCAUAAAGAUGCUGGAGUCAUCUGCCAACCAUUUGUAAGAUUGGUGAAUGGUGACAACUCUUGCUCUGGACGAGUGGAGGUUCUUCAUGAUGGAAGAUGGGGAACAGUUUGUGAUGAUUUCUGGGAUCUGUCAGAUGCUGCAGUGGUGUGUAGAGAACUGGACUGUGGAAAUGUUAUAGAGGCGAAGAGCUUUGCUUAUUUUGGACAAGGUUACGGACAAAUAUGGAUGGACAACAUACACUGCAAUGGAACGGAGUCUACUCUAAAGAAUUGUCAAUCAAAUGCAUGGGGAGUACAUGACUGUUCACAUUAUGAAGAUGCUGGAGUCAUCUGCCAAUCUGUCAAGUUGGUGAAUGGCUCUCACUCUUGUUCUGGACGAGUGGAGAUUCUUCAUGAUGGAAGAUGGGGAACAGUGUGUGAUGAUGGCUGGGAUCUAUCAGACGCUGCAGUGGUGUGUAGACAACUGGGUUGUGGUGAUGUUAUAGAGGCGAAGGGUGGUGCUCAUUUUGGUCAAGGUUCAGGACAAAUAUGGAUGGACAAAGUAAACUGUACUGGGAGUGAAUCUUCACUACAAAACUGUUCAGCAAGUGGAUGGGGAGUAGACAACUGUGGACAUUACAAUGAUGCAGGAGCCAUCUGCCAACCUGUCAAGCUGGUGAAUGGUGACAACUCUUGUUCUGGACGAGUGGAGGUUCUUCAUGAUGGAAGAUGGGGAACAGUUUGUGAUGAUGGCUGGGAUAUAUCAGAUGCUGCAGUGGUGUGUAGAGAACUGGACUGUGGUGAUGUUAUAGAGGCAAAGGGUGGUGCUUACUUUGGACAAGGUUCAGGUCAAAUAUGGAUGGAUAACAUAAACUGCAAUGGGAGUGAAUUUACACUGCAGAACUGUUCAGCAAAUGGAUGGGGAGUACACGACUGUGGACAUCACAAAGAUGCUGGAGUUAUCUGCCAAUCUCUGAGGUUGGUGAAUGGUGAAAAUUCCUGCUCUGGACGAGUGGAGGUUCUUCACAAUGGAACAUGGGGAACAGUGUGUGGUGAUGGCUGGGAUCUAUCAGAUGCUGCAGUGGUGUGUAGACAACUGGGCUGUGGACCUGCCAUAGAAGUGAACGUGCUUGCUUAUUUUGGACAAGGUUCAGGACAAAUAUGGAUAGAUGAUGUUAACUGUGAUGGAACAGAGUCUACUCUAAAGAGAUGUAGAUCAAAUGGAUGGGGAGUACACGACUGUGGACAUCAUGAAGAUGCUGGAGUUAUCUGCCAAUCAAAUGUGAGAUUGGUGAAUGGUGAAAACUCUUGCUCUGGACGAGUGGAGGUUCUUCAUGAUGGAAGAUGGGGAACAGUUUGUGAUGAUUUCUGGGAUCUGUCAGAUGCUGCAGUGGUGUGUAGAGAAGUAGGCUGUGGUAAUGCUAUAGAGGCCAAGAGUUAUGCUUAUUUUGGACAAGGUUCAGAACAAAUAUGGAUGGAUAAUGUUAUCUGUGAUGGAACCGAGUCUACUCUAAAGAGAUGUAGAUCAAAUGGAUGGGGAGUACAUGACUGUAGACACCAUGAAGAUGCUGGAGUCAUCUGCCAAUCUGUCAAAUUGGUGAAUGGGAAUAACUCUUGCUCUGGACGAGUGGAGGUUCUUCAUAACGGAAGAUGGGGAACAGUUUGUGAUGAUUUCUGGGAUCUGUCAGAUGCUGCAGUGGUGUGUAGAGAACUGGGCUGUGAAGAUGCUAUAGAGGCCAAGAAUUUUUCAUAUUUUGGACAAGGUUCAGGAAAAAUAUGGAUGGAUAAUGUGAUCUGCAAUGGAACAGAGUCUACUAUUAGAAGCUGUAGAUCAGAUGGAUGGGGAGUACAUGACUGUGGACAUCAGAAAGAUGCAGGAGUUAUCUGCCAACACUAUCUAAGAUUGGUAAAUGGCAGUAACUCUUGUUCUGGACGAGUGGAGGUUCUUCAUGAUGGAAGAUGGGGAACAGUGUGUGAUGAUGGCUGGGAUCUGUCAGAUGCUGCAGUGGUGUGUAGAGAACUGGACUGUGGAAAUGCUAUUGAGGCAAAGGGUGAUGCUUAUUUUGGACAAGGUUCAGGACAAAUAUGGAUGGAUAACGUAAACUGCAAAGGGAGUAAAUCUACACUGAAAAACUGUUCAGCAAAUGGAUGGGGAGUACAUGACUGUGAACAUAAAGAAGACGCUGGAGUCAUUUGCCAAUCUGUCAAGCUGGUGAAUGGUGACAACUCUUGCUCUGGACGAGUGGAGGUUCUUCAUGAUGGAAGAUGGGGAACAGUGUGUGAUAAUGACUGGGAUCUAUCAGAUGCUGCAGUGGUGUGUAGAGAACUGGACUGUGGUGAUGUGAUCGAGGUUAAAGGUGGUGCUUAUUUUGGACAAGGUUCAGGACAAAUAUGGAUGGAUGAUGUUAACUGCACUGGAACAGAGUCUACUCUAGAGAGCUGUAGAUCAAAUGGAUGGGGUGUACACAACUGUGGACAUUAUAAAGAUGCUGGAGUUAUCUGCCAAUCUCUGAGGUUGGUGAAUGGUGACAACUCUUGCUCUGGACGAGUGGAGGUUCUUCAUGAUGGAAGAUGGGGAACAGUUUGUGAUAAUGGCUGGGAUCUGUCAGAUGCUGCAGUGGUGUGUAGAGAACUGGGCUGUGGAGAUGUUAUAGAGGCGAAGAACCUUACUUAUUUCAGACAAGGUUCAGGACAAAUAUGGAUGGACAAUGUGAUCUGUGAUGGAACGGAGUCUACUCUGAAGAGAUGUAGAUCAAAUGGAUGGGGAGUACAUGACUGUAGACAUCAUGAAGAUGCUGGAGUCAUCUGCCAACCAAUUUUAAGAUUGGUGAAUGGUAGUAACUCUUGCUCUGGACGAGUGGAGGUUCUUCAUGAUGGAAGAUGGGGAACAGUUUGUGAUGAUUUCUGGGAUCUAUCAGAUGCUGUAGUGGUGUGUAGAGAACUGGGCUGUGGUAAAGCUAUAGAGGCGAGGAGCUUUGCUUACUUUGGACAAGGUUCAGGACAAAUAUGGAUGGAUAAUGUUAUCUGUAAUGGAACAGAGUCUACUCUAAAGAGAUGUAGAUCUAAUGGAUGGGGAGCACAUGACUGCUCACAUUCUGAAGAUGCUGGAGUCAGCUGCCAAUCUGUCAGGUUGAUCAAUGGCCCUAACUCUUGUUCUGGACGAGUGGAGGUUCUUCAUAACCGAACAUGGGGAACAGUUUGUGAUGAUUUCUGGGAUCUAUCAGAUGCUGCAGUGGUGUGUAGACAACUGGGCUGUGGAGAUGUUAUAGAAUUGAAGAGUUUUGCUUAUUUUGGACAGGGUUCAGGACAAAUAUGGAUGGAUAAUGUGAUCUGUAAUGGAAGCGAGUCUACUCUUGAAAGAUGUCUAUCAAAUGGAUCGGGAGCACAUGACUGUGGACAUCAUAAAGAUGCUGGAGUCAUCUGCCAAUCAUCUGUAAGGUUGGUGAAUGGUGACAACUCUUGCUCUGGACGAGUGGAGAUUCUUCAUGAUGGAAGAUGGGGAACAGUUUGUGAUGAUUUAUGGGAUCUGAGAGAUGCUGCAGUGGUGUGUAGAGAACUGGGCUGUGGAGAUGUUAUAGAGGCGAAGAGCUUUGCUUAUUUUGGACAAGGUUCAGGACAAAUAUGGAUGGAUAAUGUGAUCUGUGAUGGAACCGAGUCUACUCUGAAAAGCUGUAGAUCAAAUGGAUGGGGAGUACAUGACUGUUCACAUUAUGAAGAUGCUGGAGUCACCUGCAAAUCUGUAAAGUUGGUGAAUGGCAUUAACUCUUGCUCUGGACGAGUGGAGAUUCUUCAUAAUGGAACAUGGGGAACAGUUUGUGAUGAUGGCUGGGAUCUGUCAGAUGCUGCAGUGGUGUGUAAAGAACUGGGCUGUGGAGAUGUUUUAGAAGCAAAAGGUGGUGCUUCCUUUGGACAAGGUUCAGGACAAAUAUGGAUGAAGAACGUAAAUUGUACUGGAAGUGAAUCCACACUGAAAAACUGUUCAGCAAAUAGUUUGGGAGCACAUGACUGUGCACACCGUAAGGAUGCUGGAGUCAUUUGCAAAUAUAACUUCAUCUACAUCAACGAAUCAAAAAGCUGGAUUGAUGCACUGCAGUACUGCAUAAGUCACCAUCAGACUCUGGUUCGCGUUUUAAAUGACACAGCACAGAUGUACAUCACACGCAUGCUUCGUGGUAAACACGUCGCCAAUGGCGUGUGGAUAGGACUUGAAAGAAAUAUGCUAUUCCAUUCAUCCCCUUGGUUGUGGACCGGCGGGCCUUAUGUGGACAAUCCUAUGUGGCACCCCAAUUUUCCAGCCGAUCCAAUGAGCAACUAUUGUGGAAAAAUCCUUACACGAAAUAACACAUGUGAAUGGAUGGAUGCUUGCUGCUUUGAGAGUCUCCCUUUCAUCUGUCAGGGAUGAGACACUUGGUGGAGCUACUUCCCACUUUGGAGUCUGUGACCAAUGCUGAUAAUAAUUCAAAUAAUGCUGACAAUGCAAAACUUUUUUCUUUUUUUGUCCAUAUAAGUUAAACUAAUUAAGUAACGGUAAUAUGCUCUGG